AUGCGAUUUCGUUUGUCAAAUAUAUUUAUUAUCUUCCCAUUUAUAUUCACAAUAUUCAUAUUUGUUAAAUUUAAAAACAGUUCAACAAAUUUCGAUGAAAAGGUUAGCCCACUUUAUAAUAAAUUUCUUUAAAAAACCCGAUGAUUUCAGGAAUCUCAAGUGAUAUCAAUACCAAAUGAAUGUGUUUGUGAAUCAAAGAAAACCGGAAAAUUAUACAAUUUUUGUUAUAAUCUUCCAGAAAACAAACAGAAAAGAGGAAAACGAUUUUCGUGUAAAUUUCUCGAUUUUUGGGAAAGAUUUGAAGAAUCAAAAAGUGUAGAUAUAAAAACAGAUCAAAUUCCAAACCCAGUUUUUGUGACUGCAUUUUCGAGUGGAUUUAUUUCGAAUGCUGUUCGAAUGAUUUCUUCAAUCAGAAAAUUGGGAAUAUCUAUGAAAAUUGUUAUUUAUGAUUUAGGAUUAACUCCAGAUGAUAACAAUAUUUUAAAGGUAAAUUUUGAGUAGAAAAUAAUCGCUUUUUAUAAAAAAUUUUGGGAUUAUGAAAAAAAGAAAUGGGUUUAAGAAUGCAUCAUUUUUUGAUUCAGCAAGCUUGCAAUAUCGAAAUUCGAAAAUUCGAUUUUUCAAUAUUUCCGGAAUCAAUGAAAGAACUUCGAGAAUAUCGAUGGAAACCAAUUGUAAUUGCUGAAUGUUUAGCUGAUUUUGGUUCAAUUUGGUAUUUGGAUACAUCAGUUGUUCUAGAAAAAUCAAAUAUUUCUCAUGUUUAUGAUCUAAUAAAUUGUCAAAAAGAAAAUAUUGAAAGGUGAGGUUACUGUAGUUUUAUAGAAGAAAAAAUAUGAGAAUUAUUUUGCAGGCUUCCACUUCUUCCAAGUUUUCAAAGAGAUAUUCGAGAAAAAACAGAAAAACAUGAAGAUGGUUGGAAUAAAGAUAUUUGGUUGAGAAAUUUGAAAGAAUGUCGGAAAAGUUCAUAUUUACUUCAUGGUUAUUCUGGACAUGGAAUACUUUCUGUAACAAAUCCAGGUAUUUUAUUUGUUUAUUUGGAAUUAAGAUAUGGUAGAAAAAUUAGACCCGGAGUUAUUGAAUCGGACAUGAAUAUCCCAUAAAAAUCUGAAUUUCUGAUUCAAAACGAGAGAAAAACUUAUUUUCGGAAUACUAUUCUCAGGUCACGCUGUAAAAUAAAAAUAGAAUCUACUUCAGAAAUGUUAAAAAUAAUAAUUUUACAGAAGUUUAUAAUUGGAUUCCAUCAAAUUUUGAAGAAUUAAGAAAAGAAAAAGCGAAAAUGUAUGAUGCUGGAUUUGUUUAUGCAGUAAAUACAAAAACAAUCAUGUUGGAUAUUAUGAAAUGGUGAGAUUCUGAAGAAAAAAAAACAAACUUCAUUUUGAAAAAUUCGAAUAUUUUUCAGGUAUGUGUUAUGUGCGUUGGAAAAUUCAUGUAUGGGUCCGGAAAAUUCCAGUCUCAUUUGUAGUUUUGAAAAUGAUGAUCGUUUCAAAAAAUAUGCUGAAUGUCAUAGGUUUGUUUUCGUUUAAUGUAAUUUUCAAUGAAUUUCUUUUUUCAGAUAUGAUCAAUCAAUUAUAAAUCUUCUUUUGGCAAAUGCCAAUUUCUACGAUCGUAGAUAUUAUGUCAGCGAAAUUGUUGAUUUUUUUCAUAUCAAACGAAAUGGAAAUUUGAAUGUAAACAAUGAAGAAAUGCAAUGUAUUUAA